UUAAAAAUCAAAUUUUUAAUUUACCGUUUGGUGGGAAAUUUCUGACUCCUGGAUCUUAUUUCUUCUAUAAAUUGUUGACUGAUCAUGGAGCUUUUGGAUCAGAUCUGUGAUUUGGGGUUUUGAAUUUGUCUGUUUUUUUUUUUUGCUUAAGUUUACAAGCAGGAUUUGAGUUGCAGUGGGUUUUCUCACAAUGGCAACGAAUUCUUCCAAUGGAGCAACAAAGCAACCCCCAAUGCCGUCCCCCUUGCGUUUUUCAAAGUUUUUUCAGUCCAAUAUGAGAAUUCUGGUUACUGGAGGAGCUGGAUUUAUUGGCUCUCACCUAGUUGACAGAUUGAUGGAAAAUGAAAAAAAUGAGGUUGUUGUUGCUGACAAUUUCUUCACUGGAUCUAAAGACAACCUUAAAAAAUGGAUUGGCCAUCCAAGAUUUGAGUUAAUCCGCCAUGAUGUCACAGAGCAAUUGUUGAUUGAGGUUGAUCAAAUCUAUCAUCUUGCAUGUCCCGCUUCUCCAAUUUUCUACAAAUACAAUCCUGUAAAGACAAUAAAAACAAAUGUGAUUGGAACACUGAACAUGCUUGGGCUCGCUAAACGUGUGGGAGCAAGGAUUUUGCUUACAUCUACCUCAGAAGUAUAUGGAGAUCCUCUCGUGCAUCCACAACCAGAAAGCUAUUGGGGAAAUGUUAACCCUAUUGGAGUUCGAAGUUGUUAUGAUGAGGGCAAGCGUGUUGCAGAAACUUUGAUGUUUGAUUAUCAUAGGCAGCAUGGAAUAGAAAUACGCAUUGCAAGAAUCUUUAACACAUAUGGACCACGCAUGAAUAUUGAUGAUGGGCGUGUGGUCAGCAACUUCAUUGCUCAAGCACUUCGUGGUGAACCCUUAACUGUCCAAGUUCCAGGAACUCAAACUCGCAGUUUCUGCUAUGUCUCUGACAUGGUUGAUGGACUUAUACGUCUAAUGGAAGGGGAAAACACUGGUCCAAUCAACAUUGGGAACCCAGGCGAAUUUACAAUGAUUGAACUUGCCGAGAAUGUCAAAGAGCUUAUUAAUCCAGCAGUGGAGAUAAAGAUGGUUGAGAACACUCCUGACGAUCCUCGUCAGAGAAAACCAGACAUAACAAAUGCAAAGGAAUUGCUGGGAUGGGAACCAAAGGUAAAGUUGCGAGAUGGCCUUCCUCUUAUGGAAGAGGAUUUCCGUCUGAGGCUUGGGGUUCCCAAGAAAAACUAAGCUUGUUCUGUUCCUACACUUCAUAUCAUAAUGAAUAUUUUGAUAGUAUCUGGGAUGAUUCUAUUACUGUUAAGAUAUUUUAUACUGAGUUAUGGAGAGGAAGGUUAGAACUUGCAGGCAUGAACACUUGAAUUUUCUAUUCAAUUGAUACAAUAUGGUGAUGAUUGCUUCUCCACCCAACUUCUCAGAAAUUUUACUGUUUUGAGUUGAAUUCUUUUUCAACUCUAAACUAGCUUUUACAAGUUCUCUUUCAACUUUCUUUCGUCUGUUGUAUGCCAGUAUAGGUGUGUCUUAAUGUGUUCAGAUUGCUGUUGGGUGGGUUGGGCUUUGGAUUUGAGGAGGUUUGUAUCUUCUCUACAAAUAAACUUAUGAUCUAUUAUGAAUGUCAAAUAGGUUCUAUUGAA